AUGGGUCUGGUACCAAUUCUGUUGUGUGUGGAACUGAAUACAGUACUUGGCGGUGGGAUGAUAUUUGCAUCUGGUACAGUUUAUGGAUUCAUGGCACUUGGCAAAAAAGCAGAUCUUUCGUCGAUUGGUGGCAGCACCGAUCCAGCCUGGAAUGCCAACGUAAACCAGCAGCAACAGCCACCAGCAUCGUUUGGUAAUCCAUCGGUUGCGUGA